AUGGAGGUACCGUCAUAUCGACAUUCAUCCAGAGCCUCGACUCGAGCACGACUAACGCAAGCACUCGGUUUACAGAUUCCCAAAGCUCGGGGAGCUGGCAGGUCAGGCCCACGCCGCCGAACAGGGUGCUUGACAUGCAGAGCCCGCAAAGUGCGCUGCGACGAAAACAAACCAAGCUGCUCGAACUGCGAUCGCCUGCGACUAAGUUGCGUCUACAGACCCCCCAUCGCCCUCGGUGACGACUGGGUGACUUCUCCUCGCCCAUCCAACCACUCCUCGGCCGGGGCGCACUCCGUACCCCAGACUUCCCCAUCGCCGGCCGUAAGCACCAUCCCUGAAUCGGCAGCUGCAGCUGCAGCAGCGGCCGUAGCGGCUGCAAACUCGUCACAACGAUCGCCGGAUCUGACCUUCUUCAAUACUGUGCUUCGCUCUGACGAUCGCCGCCGAACCACCAUUCCCGCAACAGAAACGUCCCUCCGGCGUCUGCCCACAGAUACAGAAUCAUUCCCGGAUCUCGGGGGACCGUUCGAUAUGCUUGGGUUUAUGGGAGGGAUAACUUCGGAAUUGGAGCAGAAACAUCUUGACUUGACGAGUGGACUGGCGGGUUUCGCGAAUAGCCCAACCCCACAAUCGGUACCUGUAGGUAUCGGUGGGAAUACCGCGGAGGAUGGCCAGUUUCCGACGGAUAAGCGUUCGCCGUUCAGCCCUGAUGUAUCGCCAUCCCUGGUGGAUGGAGUGUCUAUUGGGAGCGCUUCGGAUGCGACAACUGCGCGAGGGAGCUGGUCGGACCCUGGAUCGACUUCAUAUGAAGAGCAACUACUUCAGCAUUUCCUGGUAGCUGAUCCACCAGCUGGUGUCUUUGCGCCAGUUUCCAUGGAAUGGAAAUACGUGCGACCUGCAGUGGUAGCAUACGGGCGAGAUUUUAGUCCUCUUUUAAAUGCUUUGUAUUGUUACUCAGACAUCCACAAGACGAUUACUGCAGGGGGAGGGAAACGAUGGCGCUGGGCGCCUACCUAUUAUCGAGUUGCAAGCUCGGAAAUCCAGGCGUGUUUACUUGGGGAUGUGAACGAGCAAACUCUGAUCAAAGUAUUCGCGGCUGUUUUCUUCCUGAUGCUAUCUGAGGUGUGA